GUUUAAACAUGUAUGGUUUUAUAUAAAGAGAAAAAAAAUAUGAAAAUAUUGAAUAAUGCUUUAGGAGGAAAUUUACAAAAACAAAUUUUUAAUAUAUGCUCAUAAUUCUUUCUUUUUCAUAGAAAAUAAAACCUUAAAGAAAUUCUUACUUUCAAAGAACCGUCAGAGUCAGAUUGCAAUAUACUUACAGAAAGGCUAAAGAAAAACAAUUUAAUUUAUCAUAGGAACUAUAAGGAAUGGAACUAUUUUUAUUGAAAGCAUUUUAUCAGG